GAUGGUCAGAGAGUUCUUGAUAUGUUCUGCUACAGUGGUGGUUUUGCUCUAAAUGCUGCACGAGGGGGUGCUGUGAAUGUCAUUGGUGUCGAUUCAUCAUUGCCUGCAGUUGAGCUAGCUAAAGAAAAUAUUGUCCUUAACAACAUGGAUCCAGGAAGAAUAACAUUUUUGAGAGAAGAUGCAAGUGAGUUUAUGAAGGGUGCUCUUUCUAGGAAUGAAACAUGGGAUAUUGUCAUUUUAGAUCCUCCAAAACUAGCUCCUCGAAAGAAGGCUUUACAAAACGCAUCAGGCAUGUAUAGAAAUCUAAAUUCAUUAGCAAUGCAACUGACGAAGAGAGGUGGUCUUCUCAUGACUUGUUCGUGUUCAGGAGCUAUGACGCAAAGUGGGAUGUUCUUGCGCCUUCUUCAGGCAAGUUGUACUCUGUUGGUGUGCAGUACCUGACUAGUGAAAUUCUAAAGAUUUCUUAUUUUAUAAAGAUAACCACCUUCUCAAAAUGUUUGACGCCAUUAAAUUCUCAUCAGACUAAAAUUGAUA